AAACUUCAGUCAUUUGUGAGAUGCCUGCCCAGAAACUCCAGCCGGAAGGAAGGCUUCAAGCCCAGACAAUGGACGGCAGCGGCAGUAGCAAUGCAAGUCGUAGCGGAGCAGAUGAAGCGAAUAAGCCAGGGGAGGACGGGAUGCCCCGUGAAUGUCAUAUGGGGGACCAGAGGGAGAGGCGGGCCUUGGGGAACAAAGCACCGCCGGCGGAGGCUUUUGUGGGGACCCCCCGAAAGGGACCCACGGUGCUAAUUGAUCGGCAGCAGAUUCGGUCCGUGGCCCCCCAGGACCAAGCGCUUGAGCUCAGAGGCCUGCUGGGAGUCGAGGUCUACGACCAGGAGGUCUUGGAGCACGGAGUCCUUCAGCAGAUAGACAAGGCGAUCGGGGAAGCCGCUGAAGGGCGUCCGGGUCAUGACGCCGCUGAAACGGGCAGCCAGUCUGAAUGGGAAGACGUGGGACCAUGUACAUCCUCUCCAAAACCACCCGUUGCAAACCAUCUGGAGCAAAUUAGGCCUCAGACUGAUGCUAAUGAGCAUACCGAUAGAAAACUGGAUUCUGCAAAAGAACAGAACUGCAACAUAGAGCAAGAGUUUAAGAAAAUGAAAACGAAACAAAAGCACCUUCAAACUGCAGGUAAAGACGAAGAUCCUGAUGACGGGACGGUCCCUGCUGCCGUUGGAGGAGACAAAGCGAAGGAGUCCAGGGAUGACUUUGGAGGCCAUUUUGCUCCCGGUCCUUCAUCCCUCGGAAGAAUGUUGAUGUCAGUGCAGGAAGAGACCGAAUGGGAGAAACUCGUGCGAACUGGCCAGAUGACUCCCUUUGGGACGAAGAUGCUUCUGAAAGAAGAGAGGAAGCCCCGUCGGAUCAUGCUGAACGAAACGUCGGGUUUUGAAAAGCUUUUGGCGGAUCAGGCGAUGCUCCUGUUCGAGAGGAAGAGAGCCCCGUUUCGUAGGGGAGGCCGGCAGAAAGCGCCCUCCCAGGGCAGCCGGGCCCAAUCCCCGGCCUCCCUCCCCAAAGGGGGCAAGAGGGGCAACGGCCCACGGAAAGCUGGAGGCCCUCAGCGGCGGCAGCGGCAGCAGCAGGGUCUCCGCCUGCAGGCCAAAGCCAAGCUCCCCCCGGAUGGGGAGUCAGAGAAGGGGGGGCAGCAGGAGGACGGGGAGGCCCAUGGAUGCGGGGGGUCUCAGGAGGAGGACGGGGAGUCUUUUCAAGAGGGCCAGGAGGGGAAUCGUCCGGUGUCCUGGGAAGCCCCACUGAAGCCAGAAGAUCAAGAGGACUCGGAUGAGGAUUUCUUCCCAAGCCCUUCCGAAGAAGAAGAAGACGACGACCAAGAAGAAGAAGAAGAAGUGGACAUGAUCAGGAAGCGGAGAAUAAAGAGAUACAAGGAUGACGGCAACGAAGAUUACUAUAAGCAACGGCUAAGGAGGUGGCACAGACAGCAACUAACAGGCCAAAGCGGCUGUCAGAGCACGGCUGGAGAGUCAGACGAAAGCGAUGCGGAAUUUUUCGAGGGUUUUAAAGUUCCGGGUUCCCUCUUCAGGAAACUGUACAAGUACCAGCAGACAGGUGUCAGGUGGCUGUGGGAGCUGCACUGCCAGCAGGUAGGAGGCAUCCUGGGAGACGAGAUGGGCCUGGGCAAGACCAUCCAGAUAAUUGUCUUCUUGGCAGGCCUGAGUUACAGCAAGAUCAGGACUCGCGGCACAAAUUACAGGCACAGAGGGCUGGGUCCCACGGUGAUCGUGUGUCCAACCACCGUCAUGCACCAGUGGGUGAAGGAGUUCCACGCCUGGUGGCCCCCGUUUAGAGUGGCCGUUUUACACGAGACGGGCUCCUACGCCGACAAAAAGGUAAAACUGAUUCGUGAAAUUGUGGCCUGCAAUGGAAUCUUGAUAACCUCCUAUUCUUACAUUCGCUUGUUGCAAGACAAUCUUCAGCGGUACAACUGGCAUUACGUGAUUCUGGACGAGGGGCAUAAAAUUCGGAAUCCCAAGGCUGCAGUUACCCUGGCUUGCAAACAGUUCUCCACUCCCCACCGGAUCAUCCUGUCUGGGUCCCCUCUGCAAAACCACCUCCAGGAGCUGUGGUCCCUCUUUGAUUUUGUGUUCCCGGGGAAGUUGGGGACCCUCCCAGUCUUCCUGGAGCAGUUCUCCGUCCCCAUAACCAUGGGGGGCUAUUCCAACGCCUCUCCGGUCCAGGUGAAAACUGCCUAUAAGUGUGCCUGCAUUUUACGGGAUACGAUUAACCCCUACCUGCUGCGCAGAAUGAAGGCAGAUGUUCAGAUGAGCCUCUCCUUGCCGGAUAAAAAUGAGCAGGUCUUGUUUUGUCGCUUGACGGCUGAGCAGCUGCAACUUUACAAAAAGUUUAUUGAUUCCAAAGAAGUCUAUCAGAUUCUCAAUAGAGAAAUGCAGAUUUUCCCAGGGCUCAUAGCCCUAAGAAAAUUGUGCAACCACCCAGACAUCUUCUCCGGUGGCCCUAAGAUUCUGAAGGGGACCCCCGAGGGAGACUUACAAGAAGAAGACCGCUUUGGAUUCUGGAAGCGCUCUGGGAAACUGAUCGUUGUGGAGUCCCUGCUGAAAAUCUGGCACAAGCAGGGCCACCGGGUGCUCCUCUUCACCCAGUCCAGGCAGAUGCUGCACAUCCUUGAAGUGUUUUUAAAGCAAAGAAGCUACUCCUACCUCAAAAUGGACGGCACCACCACGGUGGCCUCGAGGCAGCCUCUGAUUGCGAGGUUCAAUGAGGAUGUCUCCAUAUUUGUCUUUCUCCUUACUACUCGAGUUGGUGGGCUUGGGAUCAACCUGACAGGCGCAGACCGGGUGAUCAUCUACGACCCUGACUGGAACCCCAGCACAGACACUCAGGCCCGGGAACGUGCCUGGAGGAUCGGCCAGACCAGAGACGUGACUGUGUAUCGGCUCCUCACUGCAGGGACCAUUGAGGAAAAGAUUUACCACAGGCAAAUAUUCAAGCAGUUCCUGACCAACCGAAUCCUGAAGGACCCAAAGCAGAGGCGCUUCUUCAAAUCCAACGACCUCUACGAGCUCUUCACCCUCAGCACUCCGGAUGGAGCCCAGGGGACCGAGACCAGCGCCAUCUUUGCAGGAACCGGUUCUGAUGUCCCAGCCCCAAAGCGGCCGUUGAAGCGUCGCAGUGCCAACAUGGCUGAAUCUUCCCAAAGGCGCCAUGCGAAGCUGACGGAUUUCUUCGGAGCAAAACAAGAUGAAAAGGCGGCCCUUGCGGCAGGGGAGCCGGCCGAGGGAAGCGCAGAGCCACCCCCUCGCCCCCUUCCCAAAGGCCCUGCUGCCCAAAGCCCCCCCGUUCCCGCUCAGAGUCAGUUCCUGAGGGCGGCCGGGGAGGAGCCUUCCGGGUCGGCUGGGGAGCCCUGGCCACAGCCGGGUGAGGGGGAAGGCCGGGCGAUGCCAGCCGGCCCAGGCGGGAUCAGCCCGGAGAGGCCGGCUGCCAGGGGACGUGGGCGGCUCACUCCUCCCAGGGAGCCCGCUUCUGCCCCGGAGGCUGGCGAGGGCCGAGGGAAGAGGCCCAGGCGCUCCCGAGAUGCCAGGUUUGAGGGGGUGGCAGUUCCUCACCUGGUGAAGCAGAGAAAGUACCAGAAGGGAGACCGGGAGGAGCCGCAAGAGCCCACGAAGAGCGACGAUUACGUUUUGGAGAAGCUUUUCAAAAAAUCAGGAAUACACAGCAUCAUGAAGCACGACGCCAUCAUGGAGGCGUCUAGCCCCGAUUACGUGCUGGUGGAAGCCGAGGCUAAUCGCGUGGCUCAAGAUGCCCUCCGAGCCCUGAAGGCUUCUCGACAGCGAUACCGGGGAGCUGCUUCUCCUUGGGCAGGCGGUGCCCCCACCCGGUUAAGCUGCUUCUGGACAGGUAGCCCUCUGUGCUCCUGCUGCGUCCCUGACCACAUGGGCCUCUCCUUCCUCCCCACGUACGGCUGUCAGAGCAACCGCACGGCUAGCGUGGCAGCCCUGCGCAUGAAGGCACGGGAGCACUCAGAAGCCCUCCUGCAGUCCGCCAACCUUCUGGCCCCCGGCAGCCCUAGCCCAGCCUCUGGGGCGAAGUCGGCCUCCGAGAAUGCCUUGGACAACAAGCCCCCCGUGACCAUGGAGCACAAGGAGAGCGAGGAGAGCGUUUGA